ACGAGAAGAAAUGGCGGCUGGUGGUGUCGGUGAUGGACUUUCUGCAUGCCAGGUGGCUGCAGCUGCGUGCCCUGUGGCAUGGAAAUGGAAGAUAGGGAGAGGGGAGAGUAGAGAGGCAUGUGCUUUAAUUACCAUCAGCUCCGUUCCGCCAUGCCCGCGCGAUCGUGGGCGCACGCUGCUGCGCUCCGCGCCUGGCGCAGUCGAGGAGGCGCUGGCCCGGGCUGCCCCGCGCCAGCCGGCUUCUCUCGCGCGCGAUCGCUCUAUGCCGCGCCAGCACCUAAUUCCAAGCCAUCCUCGUUACAAGCAUCCUCUGCACCAUCCCUGUCAUCAUCAUCAUCAUCAUCAUCAUCAUCAUCAUCAACAGCAGCAGCAGCGGCGCCAUCUCUCGCCUCCCGCGUCUCCUCGCUCCUGCAGUGGCUGCAGGAGAACGGUGGCCAUGCAGGCGCCAUCGCUGUCGCCCCUGACCCCCACGGCGGGCUCCAUCUGGCCACCAGCCGCAGCGUGAGCAAAGGCCAGCUGCUCGUGUCCGUGCCUCCCCGCCUGCAGCUCGGCCGAGCCUGGCCCGCAGGCUCGGAGGAGGCUGGAGGAGCGGCAAAAGCUGAGGGGGAAGGGGGGGGAAGUGGGGAAGGAGCGGGACCGGGAGGACCGGGAGGAUCAGGAGCUGAAGCAAACGCAGCAGCGGAGGCACGAGCCUUUGUUGCUCUCAGCAAAAUGGGACAACUUGUGCCCUCGUCCCUCUGGUCCCUCCGCCUCGGCCUACACCUGCUGCACCAGCAGCGGCGACAACUAACCCCCGACGUUCCCACAAAUGCCACACCAUCCCCAUCCAUCUCCUCCCCCCCGUCAUCCGCCUCCUCUGCCUCCUCAUCCUCCGCCCCUCCCCUCCCCCCUGCUCACUGGGAGCCCUACAUCGCUCUCCUGCCACCCUCCCUCCCCCUCCCCAUCUUCUUCUCCCCCGCUGCUGUUGCGGCAUUCGGCUACCCGCCACUGCAGUCUGAGCUGUCCAGGCGAAGCACAUUGCUCCGCCGCUUUGCCUCUGAGUUCCUGCCAGAAGUCGUUGCCUCCCUGCAGGCGUCUCAGCGCUGCUGCCUGUUUGGCGACCGGCCAGUGACCCCCUCCGACCUCGCAUGGGCCAUGGGGUGUGCCUCGUCGCGCGCGUUCAAAGUGCCCAAAGUCGCAGAGAAGGGGAGGGAAGAAGGGGGGGAUACGGAUACGGGGACUGUGGGUGGAGGUGGGGGCAACGUGCGUGAAGGAGACAAGGGAGCGGGGGGUGGGGGUGCGGGUGGAGAGCAGUCAAGGAGAAGGAGGGAGGAGGAGGGAGAGAGGGUGUUUCUGCCUGUGAUCGAUCUGGCGAAUCAUGAUCCCAAUCCAACGGCCAAGAUCUCUCUCCUGCCUGAUGGCACAGCAGAGCUGCGGGCGCUCCUCCCGCUGCCCCCGGGGCAGCCCAUCCGCAUUGACUAUGGGCGUCUCUCCACCGACUUCUAUCUGCUGGACUAUGGCUUCGUGCCCGCCAACAACGCCUUUGACACCCUGCCCAUGGCGUACGGCCUUCCUCUCAUAGAGGCCGCGCGCGCUGCUGCUGGGCUGGACGGGCCCGAUGGGGGGGAGGAGGGGCGAGAAGCGGGGAAUGAGGAGGGAGGGGGGAAGGGAGGGGAGAAGGGAGAGGGGACGAGAGAGGAGAAGAGGAGCAGACUAGAAGGGCCUCUGGACCCAGAAGCAGGAGGAGGGGGGAGGGCACGGAUGGAAGUGAUUGCAAAGCUGGGCCUAUCAGGCCCCAAUGCCGACAGAAAGCUAUCCCUCGGCGGGCCCGCUUUCAUCGACCCUCGGCUGCUGGCUGCCCUGCGAGUGCUCUACGCGCCUCCCUCUGUGGACGUGAGGCGGGUUCCGCUGCAGCAGCUGCAGGCGUGGGAGCCCAUGGGGGCGCUGGGGAGAGAGUGUGAGCAGAAGACUGUACGAACGCUGCUGGGGCUCUGCCUCAUCUUUCUCCAGAGCUUCUCCCAUGUGCCUCCUGCUGCUCCGAAUACACCCGCCCCUGCCGCACCCGCAACAAAUUCAGCUGCUGCUGCUCCUGCUGUUUCUGCUGGUGCCGCUGCUGCUGCUGUUGCAGCUGGUGGUGUUUCUCCUGCUGCCAGUGCUGCUGUUGACUCCAGUGCAGCAGCAGCGGCAGUGCGGCUAGCAGCCGAGGCAGCAGGGUUGGAGGCGGGCGCAGCAGACAGGGCGAUCGGCAGCAUGACAGAGCAGGAAGCACGGGUGGUGGAGGCGUUUCGCGCCGAGAAGAGGGGGCUCGUGCUCAGGGUGAUGUCGUUCCUGCGGGGGCGACUGGAGGAGUGAUCUACAGUAUCUAUCCUCUCUUGUGUCCUGCUCCUACAGCCUGGCCAGGAGGAUUGCAUGGAUUGCCUGCUACUCCUCCUAAAUCACUAUUGGAUUGCCUGGCUGACCUACUGGACGCUAGCAGGCUAGAAGGCUCGUCACCACACAGUUUGGGGUGCAUGGCGUUGUGUGUGUAGGUGUACGAAGACUUGUUGGUUAGUGUUCUUGAAGGGGUGAGCGCAGGAGAGCAUGAAGUGAGAGCCAGUAGGAGUAGUUACAGUACAGGAGUCUCAUGUGGCAUGUGGGUUUCUGUCGAAGCCCAGAAAUACCGCACAUGCAAUGGGAUGGCUGGUACCAGUACCACAAACCAG